AUGGAGCGCUACCGGGAAGCGGCUGCCCGGGCGGCGGAGGCAAUGCAAGGCUACCGGGAGGAUCUGGGCGGCUGGCGGAGCUGCAAGCGCACGAAUGAAAUUUCUAUUUCUUGGAAGCCGUCAACUGAAUUUCAUGGAAACAUAUACAAAGCAGAAGGAAUCCUGCCCGCAAACCUAGAGGCUGUGCUUCAAUGCAUAAAACCAGAGGCUGGAGGCCUUAGAGAAAAAUGGGAUAAAAACGUGAAGGAAUUGUUGAUCAUUGAGAUAAUCGACGAAAACGUUUGUAUCACUAGAACUAUCACUCCUUCGGCAUUAAUGAAGAUAAUUUCUCCGAGAGAUUUCUUAGAUGUGGUCAUAAUUAAGCGAGGCGAAGACGGGACAAUACUUUCGGCAGCGACCAAUGUGGAGCAUCCGAACUGUCCACCUGAACCAGGUUACGUGAGGGGCCGGAAUUAUCCUUGUGGCUGUUUCUGCAUUCCAGUCCCAGGGGACCCAAGCAAAACCCAGUUGCUCAGCUUCUUCCAGAGCGAUCUAAGUGGCAACCUUCCUCACUCGAUCGUCGACUCCUUCUUCUCAGGCAGAAUAGCUGAGUUUUACAGCAACCUGACCAAAGCGGUGAAGACCCUCGUGGUGGCUUAA